CCGCCUCGACGCCUUCAUUAAAGCAAAGCAAAAGUCAGCGCUCCUCUUCCCUCGUGCGACCAAACCCACAGCGAGGAAGGCGCAGAUGAGCGGCGGCGGCUGAAGGGGACGUAAAACGAAACCACGGAAGCCUGUGUGUGUGUGUGUGUGAAGGCGGUUCGCGCUGGCGCAAAAACCCCCCAAAGAUGAUUAAUUAGUAAAAUAAAGCUCUCGGUAACUGGACGCCGCAGCGGAUCUGGGCUCGGGGAUCUUCAGAGGACACCGGUGCAUGUGGAGGUUAUGUUUUACAGGAAGGCCAGUUUUAAUAGGCUGCAGCGUCGGUGAGGCAUCAGUGUGCGCACUGGAAAUCCGGGAUUCAAUUGGUAGAACCAGGAGGGGAGCCCCGGCCUUUUCUACAGCAGGAGGAGCAGAGUUAAGGAAACCGAAAGAGCCGCCGCUGCCAAGACAGCAGCAGCAGCAGCAGAAGCCUGCGCAGUUUCGAAAACGGCACAGCCUCCUCUGCUGCACGGCAUGAGGGACUUCACCCAAACUGCACUCUGACUCUGCAGGAUGCAACGCUGCAGCUGCGUAGUUUGUUAGACACAGACAGACCCACGCGUGUCCCGGACCUGUGCAGGAAUCUGUCAGAGGAAUUAGGCCUAACUGCUCGCUGACCACAGCUGCGACAUUUGGUUUGAUCACGCCUCCCCUCCCCUCCGGAGAGCCCUGCGCUGUGGCCUUGUAGCGGACAUGGGAAAUGUAAACAGUUAGUCGGGCUGGAUUUUAAACUGCGCACACGUCCCACGUCCUCCUCCUCCCGCCGCCGCCGCCUCCUCCUCCACCCGGGGCGUCCGAGAUGGAGAUGGAGACGGUUGGGGUCGAGUCGGAGCAGAGGGGAGACGCAGAGCCGCCCAUGCACAGCGUCCACGGAACCAACCGGAUCAGACCGUCCUCCUACCGGGCGCUGCGCAGCGCCGUGUCCAGCCUGGCCCGCCUAGACGACUUCAGCUGCGAGAAAAUCGGCGCAGGCUUCUUCUCCGAGGUGUUCAAGGUGCAGCAUCGCGUGUCGGGUCAGAUCAUGGCUCUGAAGAUGAACAUCCUGGCCAGUAACAGAGCCAACAUGCUCAGGGAGGUCCAGCUCAUGAACCGACUAUCGCACCCCAACAUACUCAGGUUUAUAGGAGUGUGUGUCCACGAGGGGCAGCUCCACGCUCUCACGGAGUACAUCAACGGCGGUAACUUGGAGCAGCUGUUGGGCAGCGACAUGUACCUGUCGUGGAGUGUGCGGCUCAGCCUGGCCCUGGACAUCGCCCGGGGACUGCAGUACCUGCACAGCAAAGGCAUCUUCCACAGGGACCUCACCUCCAAGAACUGCCUGGUGCGCUGGGAAGGCAGCGUGUGCUCAGCUGUCGUGGGAGACUUUGGUCUGGCAGAGAAAAUUCCAGAUUACAGUGAGGAAGAGAACCAGGAGCCUCUGGCUGUCGUCGGCUCCCCCUACUGGAUGGCCCCUGAGGUUCUGCGAGGAGAGGUGUAUAAUGAGAAGGUGGACGUGUUUGCAUACGGGAUCAUCCUGUGUGAGAUUAUAGCGAGGAUACAGGCCGACCCCGACAUCCUGCCGCGCACUGAGGACUUUGGUCUGGAUGUGGAGACCUUUCAGCACAUGGUGGAAGACUGUCCUCCUGACUUCCUGGAACUGGCCAUCGCCUGCUGUAAUAUGAAUGCAAAAGUCCGUCCAUCCUUUUCCCAAAUCGUAAUGGAGCUGGAGAGGAGACAGGAGAGGAAGCAGAAGGACAAGCCAGCAGUGAAAGCCAUCUGUCCAGAGAUUGACUUUCUCCGAAGGCGAUCCCUCGGCUUCCCUUCCGAUCCUCGCCUCUCCCGCAGCAAAUCCGACAUGCUCCACCCCCCAGACACGCCCCCCUCUGUUACCUUGGCAACUCCUGCUCGGGUCAACCCCUUCUCGCUGAGGGAGGACCUCAAGGGUGGCAAGAUCAAGCUGUUCGACACUCCCAGCAAGUCUGUCAUCUCCCUGACCUUCACCCUGCCUCCUCCACCGGACUGCGACGACCCCUCUGCAUGCGACACGGACGCCGCUGACCAACCCAGGAGGCACAGGCGCUGCCACUCGCUGCCGUGUACACCUCCUCCACACCUCACAUCAGCACCGAACACUGUCCUUACCGAGGAGGACUCCCCGUCUGAUGUAGACACUGUAAAUGAUGAAACAAAUGGAAUGAAUGAAAAAGAGAGACUCUUGGGAGAGGAAAAGGAGACCAGGGACGGGAGUGAUUCAGGUCUUCCUCUGUCCCUUGAACCCCUGUCGCUGGACCUGCUGGACCAAGAGAAGGAGCAUGAGGAAGAGGAAGGGGGGGAGGAGGAGCCCAUGGACUGCACCAGCUCCCCGGACACACAAGACAGCACUUCAUCUCCCUGCUCCAAACUCUCCCCUCCUCCGUCUCAGUCGUCAACUCCCCUCCAGUCUCCCACCCCAUCCUUCUCAAACGGUUGGGGCUCGGCCAUCUCCAACGGGCCCCCGUCCCUUCCUCCUCUCUCUCAUUUGGACAACAAAAAUGUGGUCGUGAGCCGACCCUUGGGGUGGAGCACAGCUCCCACCACAACCAACAACAACGGCUACCACUCCCCUCCCGGCGACCCUGCCGGUUCGUCCCCGUUCGGCUCCGGCAGCGGACACUCUCUGGAUCAGGAGGAGGUGAUCUCCUGUCCUGGCUGUUGCCUUGCUGGCCUUCGCUUCCCCUCGGUGUGUCUCAGAGCUCCACCACGCAGGAACCCCUAUAAGAACCUGAACGGAGAUCAUGCAGCCUCACGUGGCCUGCUUUGUCCGGGACCCAAGGGCCUGCCUCCCUCUCCUACCCCCACAACUACGACCACCAGCCUGGAGCCGGGACUGUCCUUGCCGGGGGCGCAGACAUAAACUACCACUUCUCAACACCAAAUACUCACAGAAAAGACACGUGGAAGCUCUUCACCAAAAGCUGUUUGCCGGAAAUUAAGUGGGUCUUCUUAGAAUUUGCACAGAUUUUAAUUUAGCAAUACCCUGCUUAUUUUCCACACGUAUGUUUUGGUGCUGAGCCGCUUCUGAGUGUCCCGAUUGGUUGACUGAAAUGCACACCAGGUUGACUUCGUCCCUGAAAGCUGUGGGACAACAAACUGGUGUCUUUGCUGGUGACUUGUGGCUUGUCGCUCUCUGCUGGGCUGAGGGUGACACAGUUUGGUGUUAGCAGUGCCUGCGUGGAUCUGACUGAUGAUCUGCAGCGUCCAGAACUGUUCAGCAUGAAAACACUCCAGUUUGCUGCCCCGUUGGUUAGAUCUUGUAUAUUCUCAGCUGUAAAGAUUCUCAUGACUGAUGAUAUUGAUGAUGAUGAUGAUGCUGAAACGAGGAAUGUUAAGCUUAGUAUUAUUACUGCUGCAAUGAUUUUUGAUGUUUGGUGCUGUUUCUGAAUGAACAGACAGUUUUGCUUUAAUGUCUUCAAUUAUCAAGAGGUGUAUGGUGCAGUGCAGGGCUGUGUGUGUGUGUGUGUGUGUGUGUGUGUGUGUGUGUGUGUGUGUGUGGUGGAUUCAGUGUGAGAGGCUGGAUGUGUGUGUGUGUGUGUGUGUGUGUGUGGUCAAAGCAUGGGCUGUACACCGUUCUUUUGUUGCUGUAUGAUCUCUAUUGGCUCUUCUGGUUGCCUGGUUUAAGCACUUCAACUGUAUUACUGUUAAUAAGGAAGCUAUUGAUGUCAUUAUUACUUUUGGGAAUGAAUGGUCAAAGACCUCCUUAAGAGAUGUACAGAUUCUUAUUAUUUAAAGAUGCCGUUGAAUAAAAAUAUAGAAUGCA